GGAGAAGCUUACAACUGUUGAGAACCCAUAUCUUCCAAAUAUCUUGCUGUACAAGUUAUCUAUAUUUGCAAGAUGUCAAGGAAUGAUGUGGAGUACAGUUAAUAAGAACGAGUCGUAACGGCCGAGUAGGAACGAUUUAGGUUACUAUUCUUAGAUAAUCCAGGAUCCGAGAUCCGUUAUCCGAUUCGAUUUUCAUUUUUUUUGCUCUUCAGACAACUCAUUUGAUUUCUAAGCGAUCCUCCUCUGUACAAGAACCAAACAAAAUGGGCGCGCAGAUCGUACUGUGUGAUGGCUUCGAGGUGGUUUCUCCGCCGGAGAUGAGCGACCUGAUCCUCUUCGGAAGCGACCAAUCUAGCGGCUCAAACUGCGGCGAAUCAACGGUCACCACCGAAGAAGACGGCACUGUUUUCUCCGGAGAUAGCUCACCGGGAGGUGCAGCUGAAGAUGAAUGGCCUGAAGCUAAGCCUUUCUCCUUCUACUUCGUUAAGAGACCAGCUUAUGAUGAUCCCGAGAUCAAAGCCAAGAUCAAUGAAGCUGAUUCACAGAUCUAUCACUGUAAUAAACUCCGGAUUGAUAUCUCAAAUGCUCAGAAAUCCGAAAGGGCUGAGAUUUCGUCUUUGUAUGCUCAAAUGGAGAGUUUGGGUCCAAAAUCAGAAGGAUAUAAAAUGGUUUUCGACGAGAAGAAGAAUGAGUUUGAUACUCUACAUGAAGCUCUACGGACUCAACGGUGCUCUAGCAGUAGCCAGCUUAGCUUUUCAAAGGAGGAACUCAAUCAUCUUAUCUACAUAGCACAUUACGUUAUUGAACAUGGAAACAUUGGUUUGGAGGAAGAACAUUGGGUGCUUAAAGAAACCGAGAAGCCUAGUGAGAUAGUAUUAAGUGAGGAUUCUCUUGGAGAGAAAGAAGCUUCCAUACAACGUCUCAAGUUAAUGGCUGUGGAAAUGAACGAAGUGAAGAAAGAGCUUGAAGCCAUUACAUGGAACAUUAACUGCUUGAGUGACAAACUAAGACAGAUUCAGAACAAGAUCAUGAUGUUGGACGUAGAAAUGGCGCACAUACUUGAGCUAAGAGACAGAUCAUAUGAAAGGAUUAAGAUGCUGAGGAUACAACGAGACAAAGGGAAUGCUGCGUGUUUCCAAAGCCUUGCUGUUAUGAGGAAAGCUAAAGAACUAGCUGCUUCAGGAAACGUUAGAGAUCUUGAAGUGCUCUCUAGCUCCGAGGUUGAUAGAUUCAUGACUAGUUGGAACAAUGACAAGGCUUAUAGAGAUGAUUACGUAAAAAGAAUAUCACCAUCACUCUACGAAAGACAGCUGAGUCUAGAUGGACGGAUUAGAGAUCAAGAAGGUGAAGCUCAGGUUGUUCAAGAAAAGCAAGCCUUAUUGAAGAAUGGAGAGGAAGGUAUGGUGGUAAUGCACAAGAGGAACAGAGAAGAAUCCAGCUCCAACUCGUCUCAAGAUGAAAAUGUAGUCACCGCUAAACAAAAGAAAGAAGUGAAGAAGAAGGUGAUAGACUUCAACAGGUCAAGUGAUGAGGAGAGUGUAGUUAUAGACUUGGAGUUCCCGGUGUAUGAGAAUCCGAAAAAAGAAGUAGAAGAGGUUGAUGAAGAGACUUUGAAGGAGAGAAAACGAGAAGAGCAGAUAGAGAAAGCUAGGUUAGCUAUGGAAAGGAAGAAGAAGCUACAAGAGAAAGCUGCUGCAAAGGCUGCUUUAAGAGCUCAAAAGGAAGCUGAAAAGAAACUCAAGGAGUGUGAGAAGAAAGCUAAGAAGAAAGCUGCAGCAAACUCUUCUGAAGUAGACCAAUCACAAGAAGUAACCAAUGAGCUGGAGAAGGUCAAGACUUCAGCAGUUCAUAGGUCGUUGUUUCGAAAGCAGAAAAGUUUCAGGUACAAACACCGUGGGAGAGGAACAGAAGCUCUCCCUAAAGCCAUCCUAAACCGUAGAAGGGCACAUCAAUACUGGGUUUGGGGAGUUUCAUCUGCUGCACUUGCUCUCGCUCUCUCCCUUGGCGUUUUAUUUUUACGGUGAAUUGAAGGAAGGAAAGACACACUACAAGGGUAUUGACUUUAUCUGGUUGGAGAGGAAGAGCUGCUUCAUAGACUUUCAAAGUUAUCUUAUAGUGUCAUAACCCUUAGAUGUUAGUUUGAUAUGUUUCUUUUAAUGUUGUCUUAAAAACAAGAAACAUUCACUUUAUAGUGAACAUUGUGGACUGAAAAUCCACUUAAUAGUUAUUACAGUCAAGAAACUUAACUGAUUACAUUU